UGUACAAUGCCUCCUCUUCCCAUGCCAGACGAAUUUCUGAUAGAUGAAGAGGAGACUCACUUGAAAAGUGAACUCGAAAAUAAUGCAGUUCCAUCGUCCGUUGAUAAUUCAAACGGAUUAGUCAUACGCGUUGAACACGAACGCGAAACUGCGGAAUUUGAUUCGCCGGGUAACCUUGAAGAAGAGGUUGACUCGUUGACCCUGUUUAUUUCUGUUUCCGAUGUCCGGAUCUAUGCACACGUAAUUUUUCGAAUUCAUCAGCACAUUGAAUGCGUCAUUCGGGAGUGCAAUGCAUGGAAAAACCCGGAGGAUCGUAUUCCGUUAAAGUGGGACCUUCACGUUUGCAAUAAAAAAAUGUUGCGGGCCAAAAAGAUUAUGAAAAGGGUGGCUGAACUGCGGAAGCAGGCACGUCAAGAAAUGGUUCUAUUAAUUCGUCGAUUCGGACGUCUAAACAUUCCUCGUCUUGUAACAGACGAAUUUAACAAAUUAUUACGUUCUUGCGACAGGGCCGAUAAUUUCAUGAACUAUGCAGUUGAAGCAGCUUCUAGACUGCAUGUAAUGUAAAUGAUAUUAUGGUAUGAUGUGAUUUUGUACGGUUUAAUAUUCUGUUAUGAAAAGGUGUCUUGUGUGCCAAAGUUUACGUACUUUAUUGCUUGUGUUGCUUUGAA